UCGAUUAUUCAGAAAUGUCACACCUCCCUUCUAUAUUACAAACAGCUGUUCUAAGCUGGUUCCUUUUAUUUUUAUUAUAAAAACGUCGAAUAGAUAAACUAAUUUUGUAAUUGUAAUUUUUUUGAAUGAGAUGGUAAUAUAUUAUUGUUUAUAGUUUGAUUAGAAUUGUACUAUAGUCACUAUGAAGUUUGAUAAAAUAUGCAGAACCUGCCUGAGCCAAAAAAUGGACCUGCAAGGCCUUUUUAAUGCUUGCCUUCCAAGCAUGAUAAUGUCUUUUACUUCUGUACAGAUAAUACAAGGUGAUGGAUUGCCCACACAUAUUUGCACCCAGUGUCUCCGGGAUGUUAACAAAGCAUAUGUAUUUAAGCAAAAAUGUGAAAAGUCUGACACAACAUUAAGAAAUUAUUUAAGUAGCCUUAAUUAUAAUAAUGAAAUAAAUCAAAUCUGUGAUAUUUCAACUCAAAUAUCGACCAAUAGCAUAAUGCAAGCUAAUAGUAAUAUAAAGCAACAAAACAAUAGUAAUAUUUUGCAACAAGGACCCAACUUGUUACAGCCAAAUGAAUCAAGUAUUUUGCAUCAUUCCAAUAAUAUGUUACAGCAAAGUGAAAAUAAUGUAUUGCAACACAGCAACAACAUGCUACAGCCAAGUGAUUUACCUGGCCAUGGAAAUAUGAACCUUCCAAGUUGUGGGACUACAUCAAAUUUUAUGAAUAGCUGCAGCAUGAUGUCUGGUACAAACAAUUUAUUAUCAAGUACUAAUCUACAAAACUCAAUAGAUAUAAUAUCAGAUGCUAGUGCAAUAACAACCUCUUUAACUGAGAUAAGUAACACAAUUGCAGCUUCAAUGAAUUCUUUAGAGAGCACGCCUUUUGCUUAUAAUGGAAUUGAUAUGGGUAGUAAUGUUAUAAAUCAGAUAAAUGAAGUUAGGAAUGACUUGUUUAGCAACAGUGAAGUUUUGCAGCAAAGUUCGUUUUUCCAGGAUAUUUUUAGUGAUCCAUCUGGACAAUCCCUUGUUGAUAAUUUUGCUAAUACUCAAGGAAAUAGUGUUGUUUCAGAUUUUGCUGAAACAAUGCAGAGUCUACAAACUAUUGCGGAGCAGUAUCUGCCUGAGUCAUGGGAGAGUGAUAACCAGAUUUGUCCUCUCAAGGGAGAUGAGAGUUCCAAUAAUUUUAAUUUAAUUGAUAACAUUUAUAAAUGUCAAUUUUGUGGAGAAUCUUUUAAAGAUACUUGGUCUUUAGAUGACCACACAAAGAGCCAAGCAUGUCAAAACAAAUAUUUUAGUUCAAAUAUAACAAAUGAGCUUACGAAGAGUAUGUUAUUGGAGUAUACACUGGAUACCAAUUCAAAGGAUAAUUUCAUGUUUGACAAUAUCGUUAAUGCAAAUCAAAAUUUGCUUUGUGGGGUUUGUGACAGAACAUUUACGGAUCAGAAAUAUUUAAAAAAGCAUUUAAAAGAUAUCCAUUUUAUUGACACAACAUCUGUGUUAGAAGAGAAGAAGAAUGUUUGCACAUUAUGUGGAAAAAGGUAUAAAAAUCUUAAAAUAUUGGGGCUUCACAUGAGAACUCAUACAGGAGAACGGCCUCUUAAAUGUCAAAUUUGUUGUCGGACAUUUGCCUUACCAAGUAGCUUGCACAAACACAAAAGAAUUCAUAAAGAAAAGCAAUAUGCUUGUAAUAUCUGUGGCAAGAGGUUCAAUCAGCAGUCAAACGUCAAUUCACAUAUUUUAAUACAUUCCGGUGAAAAACCCCAUAGAUGCCUUACCUGUGGAAAACGGUUUUCUACGAAUACAAAUCUUGAAAUUCACAAAAGGCUCCAUACAGGACAAAAGCCGUUUGUUUGUACAUUUUGUGAGAAGGGAUUCAAUACAAGUACCCAAUUAAGAAAACACAUGAUGGUUCAUACAGGAGAAAAACCUUAUUCAUGUUGGAUCUGUGGCCAAUCGUUCAGAAGAAAAGAGACCAGGGAUACGCAUGCCCGCUACCACACCAAGGAAAGACCUUUUGCAUGUAAAACUUGCGAUAAAAAGUACAUUUCCAAAUCUCAUUUAAGGGACCACAUAAAAACUACCCAUCAAGGCGAAGAAAAAAGGAAAAAUCAUUACUGCAUGAUAUGUACUAAACCGUUUGAUUGCCUGAAAACGUUAAAAAUCCAUAUAAGAAUGCACACGGGGCAAAAGCCUUUUUUGUGUAAUUUUUGUAAUAAAGCUUAUAUCAGUAUGAAAUCUUUAAGAUUUCAUAUUAAAUGUAAUCACAACCCUAGUUAAUAAGAAUAAGUAAGUACACAGGUCUGGUCAAAUCAGGUCUUGGUUGCAGAAAUCGAUGUAUUAACCUGUAGUAACAAAUAAAAGUCACAAAUUAAAAAGAG